AUGUUAUUCAUCGAUGCUAAUGUCCCAUGCAUUCAAUGGUGGCAAUAUCUUCUUCUUGCGUAUAUUGUCAUCUUUCUUGUUCCUUUCAUCGUCGUUCUUUACUGGGGAUCUUUCAAGCUGUACAGAUCUUCCAUUACAGCAGGAGAGUUUGUUGCCGCCAGCAUGGUUCCACUACCAUUUCUUAUAUACUGGCUUGUCAAGGGAAAGCUGAAAAGGAGAGGCCAGGAGUCUUCUGGCCAGCAGGUCCUCAACACAGAUGUUUCGAUUAUACUCCAUGGUCCUUUCCGUCCGCCAACCGAUAUUGACAACGGAACCCUUUACUGGGAGAGCGUGUUGAUUGGUCGAAGACUAGUUCUCAUCGCUUUUGGGGCGUUCAUCACAGAUGUCAUGUUACGGAUGCUCUUCCUGUCUGCUGCAUGCUUACUGAUAACCCUCCAUCAUGUUUUGAAGAAUCCUUAUCGACAUCCCAUGGCGAAUAAUGCUGAAACAUUAUCUCUUGUAACCUUAUCUCUCAUUGCUAUCAUCAAUCUGGCCAAAGCAACCACAUUAUCAUUUGGUAUCACGACUGACGGGCCGAGUGUGGCGUAUCUGAAAGCUCUUGAGUGGUUUGAGGUGUGUGCUUUGGCAUUUGUCCCAGCGUUAAUGUCCAUUUUGAUGUCAUUCGCCAUUAUGUCUCAGCUUGUGAGAUUUGCUCUUCUUCUGAUUGAGAAAUGUUUGAAGUGUUGCAGGAAGAUAUCUUUCUAUCCACGGUACGAGGACCAAGAGCAAAGAUCUCUCUUGGCUACUGCUGAACAGAACUUUAACUAAACUCAGGAUGUUAAUAUACCGUUCCUUGAUCGCAAAUUAUUCUCAGUGUAAUAUGAAUUUAGUAGAAUUGCUUCGGUGAUAUUAGAAAUUUGCGCGCUCUGAUUGGUCGAAGAUUGCGUCAUAUCUCUCAAUCAUCUCUCUCGAGGUAAUUAUAGCAGGGGCGCUAAUUUCGCUAAUUAGCUGCUUUGCAUUUUGUCAAUGUUACGCAGGAAUUGAUAAACACAAUGGAAGAAAAUACAAUUUUAAAGAGCACAAAAUAUGAUUUUAAGUUUUGCGUCACACUUUUCAAAAAAAUAUGUAAGUUUUGCUGAUUGAAUAAGUGUUGCUGUUAAAUUCUAAUGGAAGUUUGGUUAAUCCCAACAAUUGCAAUGGAAUAGUUUCUAAAAUAAAAAGAAUUUACUAUAGAAUUUGAGAGCAUCAUAGCAAUUAAACUCAAACAAUUAUUCCCUUCAAGCUCAGUGAAUAUUGUUGAAUAAUCUCCUGGGGGAUUAUUUAACAAUAUUUACUCUGCCUGUUGCGUGAAACUGUAAAGUAUUUCAUAUGUCUUACAUGAACGCUAAAUUAGGCUUCUUACAUGUACAUGCCAGUAGGUAUCUUGUUUAGAAUCUCAAAUACUACUCCGUUUUUACCUUAAUAUUCUUUCGGUUGUUAUCACAGUAGCUUCCCAACUCAUUUGGGGCUAAGAUUAACUAGUCAAUCAAUUGAUCUAAACGGUACCAGUUUCUUUUAGGAUCCGAAAGAAAAAAAACAAUUAUUCGGACCCUUAAUUAGCUUCUUGUGAGAUCUCCAUCAGAUUUUAGGAUAUCAGUAUGUAUUAUAUAUCAAUCUUACAGCAUUUUUCAUUAGUCUUGAAGUUCGGCUUCUUCUUCCCUUCAAUGACACACAAAAUGAGGUUGAAUUACAGAUGCAAGAGGCUAAUGAUAAGGGUAAAACCUGAUUUUGCACGGUAACGCAUGGUUUUACGUCCGAAUUACUUGGCGUUUGUGACACGGGAUUAAGCUUAGCUGGCAGUAAAAAAGAAAACACUCUUUUUUAAACUGACUUGACCGGUUAUAAAUUAUUAAAGAAGAAAAGCUGUUAUUACGAUGUAUACGUGUAUAAGCGUAUAAAACAACAUGUUUUGAAUAAUUUAAAGUUCAUUACUAAAGUAUUUAACGGACUUCUUUGUCUUUCGAUUGGUAAAAGAUGGGAUGUUACUAAGACGUGGAAUGGGAAAUGGAAAAAUGAAAUUGGAUAUUUCCCAUUUCCCAUAUACCCUUCCCCUUCACCAUUCCCCAUUUCUCCAUUUAGUAACAUCCGUAAAAGAUCAUUCACAGAUAACUUCGAAUUGUCGGUUACAAUGCAUUCAUUUCGUAUUUUUAGCGAUUGACACGGUUUGAGCAUAUCCUUUUAUGUAAACCCACCUAAAUCUUAGAUUGAAAAUGGCGAAAUACUUAAGCUAAGAAUUCACAUACUUUUAAAAACUUAGGAAAAAUUCCUGAGGCCCUAAGGAUAGGUUUGUCUCCUAAAUGUUUUUACAGGGACUUAUUCGUAAUUGCUGACCUAAACGAGCUCAUGUCCAUCAAUCUUUUAAUUCAGACCUGUGCUAGAAAUUUUUUUUUUUUUUGUUCGUGCAAAGAGCUCUGGAGGGAAAUAUUACCGUGAGGCAGAUGAUUGAACUGGGAGUUCUUCCCUGUUUUAUUUUUUCUCAUUGCUUGAGGCAGCGAUUUGCCGUUUUCCACAGAGGAGCACGUACACAACAACGCAUGAACAGAAUCUGCACCAAAACACAGUCAGACGCAUUAUGCAUAAGGAGAUCAUUAGUUCUAGGCAGGUUACGUGGCGAGUGUCGGCCAAUUAAAGGGAUAAAAUGUGUGGCAAAGUGUAGUGUGGGCAUUACGAAAUUACCGAAUCCACUUAGCACGCGCUUCACUGUCUAUAAUCAAUCACAAAAUGAAAGCGGGAAUCAAACUAUUGCCAAUUAUUGUUCUCUUCCAAAACUUUUGCAGGGCGAAUGAUGAUUUUAUGAAAAUUUGGAUUCUUUCUGCCACUGGGAACGAGACGUCCAGAGACCUGGAAUGUAGUUACAUUGUUGAGGUUACCAGUCUCUCAUCGCUAUUCAAGAGUGACGUUUACAAAAUGGCGGACAGAAAGUUUGAAUAACACAAGCAGUUUGUGAAAAAUUUCCCUUUCUGUUGUGUUCAAUCGAAGCAAAUGUUUUGGUUAAAUUCCCUCCGGGCACUAGUUAAGGAAUUGAUGUCGGAAAUGGAACUUAAGAGCCUGCUAUGUUCUUAAGCUUCACGUUUUAUUUUAUAAAAUCAACCUGAUCUCCCUCCCUCUCACACCGUUUAAGUCUCACGCUCUGGUCUCUCUCAUUUUAAAUAUAACAUAUGAUCCUAUUGUUCAAUCAUCUGUCACUUAUCGCAAAAAAUCAACCGGAAAUCAAUUAAUGCUGAAUAAUCUCUCACAAUUUAAAGACCAUUUGGAUAAUGGUGAUCCUUUGAAGUUGACGCCUGAUUUAAAAGAUCAAUCUAAUGAACUUAUAUCUUGGCUGCACAGCAUUCACAAAAUCAGACUAUAAGAGAUAUCCACCUAUUUUUCAACAAAUAAUUUCCGUACUUUCUUUUGCUCUCAUCGAUUGGUUUUGCCCAAUUUCCUAAAAUUGUUCCGGUAAUAAAUCUACUGUAGAAAGCGAUUAUCCACUUGGACUGAAUUUUUUUUUUUCAGCUUUCAUGGGAACAAGUUCAGUUCUUUUGGAGCGUAAGUUCCGGCUGCGAAUAAUUAUGAAGGUGGCUAAAUAAAAGGCGCCACAGAGGCUCCGUUCACUGAAAAUAUGCAAGUUUUGAGUCUGAAUACUUAGACGUGAGAGUUGUUUGGACUGUUUUCCUUAAUGCACUGAAACUGAAAUGUGCUGAGGAACUCUUUUGCUAAAUAAAAAAUUAUAUGUUUCUCUUACUUUCAAUGUUUUGCCACCUGCGAGACCGUGUGACCCGUUUGGCUGUAAAAAGAUUGAGUCUCCGAGCUGUAGAUCUUCAAAAAUUUCACAGAGUAGGUUAACUACUUUUCACCAAAUUACGAGACAACAGAGAGUUGUGACGACACCGGAAAUUGCAAAUUAGCUUUUCGCUUUCUAAAAAAAGGAAAAAAAAGAAACAGUUUGGAUUUAUGUGAGGAGGAAAUAAGAAUUAAUCAUGAGGGCUAUGUGUUGAAAAGUCUCAUGGCGUAUGUAAACGGUUUGUUACCGGCUCUACUGAUUUUGGCAUUGUCAAGCAAAACCUCAGGUAAUUUAAUUUGUCAUGACCUAAUUAAUUUCGUAACCGAAGGUCAGUAUCUUUAUAUUAGAGUCGUUUACUUGGUAUCUCUUCAAAUCGAUGCUUAUUUUGGAACAUAUAUAGUUCCCAUUUAAACCAUUCUUUAACAAAUACUUCAGCAGUCAAUCAUUAUUUCAACUUUACUAAUGCUAAAAGAAGCUUUACCUUGCCUAAAAAAAAAUUGUAGCUCGCUUUCCUUUCUGUAACCCUCGAUGAGUAACCAAGAUAGGAUAUCUCCUUACAAUACCAAUACAAUAUCAAUCAGAUAAGUGAUGAGUGUAAAGAAAAAUAUCAGUUGGGGAUAAUUAGUUGAUCCAAUACUAAAUUCUCUGAACUUACAUUAUAUGAAUUGUAUGGUUGACAGUAAGGACAAUUGCAAAUUUGAUGUGGGAGUUAAAGGGGUUAAGCUUGUUCGGGUGAAAACCAAAUUUUUUUUGGUCAAUUCUAAACCUUGAUUGGAACUCUCUCUGUUACUGAUCGGAUAAAAAUAUCACUUCAUAACUUUUACUCUAAGAGUGAACAAUCAUUGCUUAACAUAAGUCGUUCGCUUUCGUUGCCCUUUGAAAUUAUACCAAAAUCACCCGAAAUAAAGGGGAACCCUGAAAAAUAGGUGCUUUUACAUUAGCAUCGAGUUUCGGAGUCUAAAGAUGAAAUAAAAAUAGCUGUCUACUCAAUUUCGAGCUUCAGCAAGCGCAACGUGUUAUGACGGAUGUGAAGUUUCGAUAUCAAGAGAGUUAAAGCACAAUGUCUAACAGUUUCUAUACCUGUCAUAUCUUAUCAAUGUAAGGAAGUUAUUUUCAAAUUUUACUUCUUUGUUCAGACCCCCCACUGAGUUACCGAAAAAUUCCUCAGCAGGAGACAUUUUAGCUCAAAAGCGUCUGAAGAAAAUUAAAAUCGUGGACCGAACAGUCUUUAAUAGGAUCAUUUUAAUGAACAGAAAAACUUUCGGGGGUUUUGUGAUGCAUCCGGUCGUUCCGUUCAACUUGCAACUUCGUAAAUGAGAUUCACAAGUUAAUUUUGUGAUCAAAAGAUCGUUCACGUUAGAUUACUGUCACCAACCGGAGAAGACUUUUUAAUACUUCAUCAGUUUGUUAAGACGUUUUGGGAAAUUCAGAUGUAAUUUGCGCAAGCUUUUUUUACUUUUAAAGCGUGCACAAGUUAGUUUCAGCUGAAUGCGGAGACCGGAAGUAAAACUGACAGAGUAAAACAGUCCCAUACAUGAUCUCAAGUGCAAAAGCAAGUUGUUCGAUGACCUGUCGGUGAUAGACACGCAAGAUGGCAUCGGUUGAGUCAUUUUGAUAGUCUCCACGGCAUGCUAUAUACACUGUUAAUAACAUUUUACUUUUUAUCGAAUUGUAACAGCACGAUUUGGAAACCAGGACUGUGAUCCGUGCAUAUUUACCGGACUUUGUUUUACUUUUAAUAACGCUCAUCGUUAUCUCCUGUUGACAUGAACUCACCAAUUACACAUGCUAAUGCGAAGCUCCAUGCAGCGUUCUAAGCGCACAAAUGCAGCUUUCAUAUUUACAGUGAGGACACGAACUAUGAACGCCAGACUCUUUUUUCUGCCUUUUUUUGAUGAUUUUUCAAUAAGACCUCUCGAAGUAGACAAAAGAAUUCGCAUUUUUGAAGCGCUGUCCAAUCACUUCAUUAGCGGGAAAAUAUAAUUUAAGUUUUUUCGUGCCAAAGUCUCGGCUGAUUCGGCUGAAUUUUUUUAACGUGAAAUAGCCCAGAAGUUAUGUUGGUAAGUACAAUUUGGUUCACUAACUUCGAGCAGUUUUUAGGGUUUCUGAUAAUAAUAAUAAUAAUAAUAAUAAUAAUUAUUAUUAUUAUUAUUAUUAUUAUUAUUAUUAUUUUCGUGAAGAUGAAUGCAAACUAGGUGUCAAUCGGCAGCAAGGAAUAUACGAUAAUGGUAGGGCGACUUUGUUCUAAGGGACAACUUCAGGUUCCACCAAAGACAUUUUGUGGAGACAUUAUUACGAGAUAUUCCUCGCGAACAUGGCGUUGAUCUACUUUUCCAGCCUGUUUACUCACCCCAUCUUAACACUUGAGAGUUCUGUUUUCACCAGGUAAAGUGCUACCACAAACAAAACACAUCUUGGACAACAAAUGAAAUUGAAAUAGCGAUUGGCGAGGGUACAUCAAAAAUAACUACUCCUAAUUCAAUAUCAUACUUCAGAAACUGCGGCUAAGUCAGAUUGACAGUUUUGUUAUUCUGCUGUUAUUUUUAGCCUACCUUUGAGAAAACAAACAAACUCGCUCUUGCCGCUAAAACAGUGUAAAUCUGAUUGAUUAAGCUGAGGACAAAACAGAUAGAAGACAAAGCUUUACUGAUAAGAAACUGUCCCUUCUAUAAUAUCAUAAGAGUAACUCAAAACGUGAACAAUUUCAACCCCGUUCACGGUAUUGUAAUCAAUAAAAGUGCAAUGUAAACAAAAUUGAGACCCGGCACUUGCCUGAAUAAAUUUUAAAAAACGCGACAAAUAGGAACACAAACGAAGCAUGUCAAAUUCUUGUAUAUAAAUACUGCAGCAUAAACAAAGAUAAAAUGCGAAAAGGUUAAUUGCAACAUUUACACGCCAUCGGUCGUUUCAGUUCACAGCACACGGAGAGGAUCAACAAUUCUAUGUUUGUACUCUUCAAUUACAUUAAGCAAUCUCCAGUCGUCAGUUUCCUGUAAUGGAACACUACAUCUCAGCGCUCACUGUAGAAUCAUUAAAUCCCUGUCCAAGGCUGAACGGUCGAUGUACUUUUGUUUUCCUAACCGUGGACGUAUGAUAGCAAAGAAACUUGAGCUAGACCCAACCUAUUGACCAGUUCCCAGUUGGCUUGUUAGCUCAGUUGGUAGAGCGCUGCGCCGGUAUCGCAUAGAUCAUUGGUUCAAAUGCCGUACGGGCCUGAAUUUUUUUCUUUUUCAGGUUUUAUUUCAAAUACUAGCUCAAUAGUGUUCAUAGCUGCGAAGAUCUCUUAUAUUCGUUGACUAAGCUCGUUGGCGGGAAGCGGAAAAUACUUCGUUGUCGCUUAUAACUUUCGCAUACUUUUGUUCAAGCUCUUUCAGUUCACGCUGUAAUGUUUGAAUUUUGGUCAAUAAUUCUGGGUGCUUGGCCUUGAGCUUGCAAGAGUUGACAUCGUAACAAGGGGUUCUCUUACAAUUGUUCCUGUUGUGGUCGGAGGUAUGGCAAUAAGUACACACUUUUCCGCGCCUAUCGUUCGCAGCUGGUUAAUCUUCUAAAGCUUUUUGUUUCCCCCGUAGGUGAUUUUUAGCACUAUCGACUUGCACUUCUAGAAGCGUGACGUUUUCUGAAAGUUCAACAGCUUUUCGGUUUAAUGGACUUUAAACCAUCUCAGGGUUUUGUUUACAUACGGUCGCGCUUGCUUCUAAACCUUCUAAGUUAGUUGUGGCCUCAGGUGACUCCUGCCAGAAAGAUUUGUCAGCACUGCUUAUAUUUGCACAUGGUGCCAUAUUCAGUCGCUUUGUCUGUAAAUGAAGCCGACGACAAGUUUCCGUCUCGAGAAAAAGCCAACGACUAAUUCAUAUACGCGUCACGCGUUGUGUGACUUGGUGUUAAGUUACGAGAGGGACCGUUGGAAAUUUCAACACGUUAUAAGGAAUAGUAUGGGGAACGAAUUAUGGUCGAUUUACAACGAUAAAUAUUUCGAAAUAUGAAUUUUUUUUACACGUAAAAUCAAUAACGCUUACUCGCAUCCUGUGUGUCCGUUGUAAUUUCUGGCGAUUUCUUCCGUUUUAGGCUUGCUUUACUAUCACUGUUAUUCCUGUCAAAAGACUAAGUCUUCGUCUUUUGACAGUGAUGGUAAAGCAAGCUUAAAACAGCAGAAAUUGCCGGAAACUACAACGAGUGAGUUUGGACGAGCGAAUUCCCAAGACAUUCACUUGCAGUAGCGAAAAAAAUUAUAGAUCCUUAAUAUUAGCGGCGAAAUGUAUUCUAAUAAGUAAAGAUUUGGUAAAGCAUUUGACAAUAAAAAUCUGAAAUAAAAUAUUAUAAAACUUAACACGACGUUUCGACGUUUCCAGAACGUCAUUAUCAAGUGAACUAGAAUAAUAAAAUCGAGUAUAUAUAUAAUGAAGCGGUGAAUAAAUUACAAAGCGUUAAAAGUUAAACAAAGAGUUUGGCCCUAAUGGAAUCGCUCUGGGUGUUUAAAUUGGGCCUUAUUGUUUUUAUGUACAACAUUUCAUAAACAAGACAAUCCCAUUUCGUGCCACAUUUUUUAAGCAUUCUAAACUGGCUCUCAUUGAGUAAGUCAAUGUUCCCAUGGGCAUCUCUCAGGUGGCGACCAAUGGCAGAGUACCGAUGAUCAGCAAUGCGUUGAAACAAAUGGCGCGUCGUAUAUCCGACGUAAUUUGAAUCACACAAAUCACAUUUAAAACAGUAAACAACGCUAUGCUGACUUACGAUGCAUGGCUUGAUUUCUUUAAGCUUUAGGUCCUGCUCAAGUUUCUUACUGGUGUAGACUGGUUGUACAUCAAUGCCGAUUUUUUAACUGAGAUCGCGCAUUUGUCUUUUGGCAAUGUUCGCUGAGACUUGAUCUUUGAAAGGAAUACUGACUCUUAGAGUUUCAUCAGAUUUUGUCUUAGUAUCUGGUGUAGAGGAAUAAUCACAUUUGUCGAUAAUACAGUUCACCAAAGAACUAGGGUAACCAAGGCGAUGAAACAUAGAUUUUAGAUGCCUACACUCAUCGACGAAUGCUUGAUGCGUAGAGGACAAUUCCUUUGCACGAUGAACCAUUGUUUUGAUAAGACACUUCUUGUAGCGCAAAUCGGUGUGACUUUGCAAUCGAAAAUGAAGUAAAGGCCCGUGUUCGUAGGUUUACGAUAGACCUGAGUCUCCAACUUGUUGCCGUUCUUUGUUAUCAAGACCUCGGUCACAGUUUUUCACCAUACCGACCUCCCAGCCGGCAAAUAACAUAUAUAUAUAUAUAUAUCAACCAGACAAGCGAUUAAAAUAAAGAAAAAUAUAAAUUUGGGGAAAACUAGUUGAUCUAGUACUAAAUUCUAUGAGCUAACAUUGUAAGAAGUGUAUGGUUGGCAGCAAGGAGAAUUGCAAACUUGAUCUAGGAGUUAAAGGGUUAAGCUUGUCCGGUUGAAAUCCAAAAUUGUUUUGGUCAAUUUUAAACCUUGAUUGGAACUCUUACUGUUGCUGAUCGGAUAAAAAUAUCACUUCAUAAACUUUCACUCUAAGAGCGAACAAUCAUUGCUUUGAAAUGAUUGUUCCCCUCGUUCCCCUUUGAGAUCACAUCAAAAUCGCACUAAAUUAAGGGGAAAGAGGGAAAAUAGGCACUAUUAGAUUAGCAUUGAGUUUCUGAGUUUAGAGAUGAAAUAAAAAUAGCUGUUUGCUCAAUUUUGAGCUUAAGAAAGUGCAACGUGUUAUGACGGAUGUGACAUUUCGAGCUCGAGAGAGCUAAAGCACAAUGUCUGACAGGUUUUUCUUUAUUCAGAACUCCACUUAGAUACCGGAAAAUUCCUCAGCAGGGGACAUUUUGGCUCAAAAUCGUCUGAAAAAAAAAUAAUAAUCGUGGACAAUAGUCUCUCAUACAAUCAUUAUAAUGAACAGAACAACUUUUCAGAGUUUUGUGAUGCAUCCGGCCGUUCUGUUCAAUUUGUAACUUCGCAAAUGAGAAUCAUAAGUUAAUUUUUUUUAUCAAAAGACCUUUCACGUUUGAUUGCUGCCUCCUCAAUACUGUCACCAACCCAAGAAGAGUUUUUGUUAUUUCAGCAGUUUCUUAGAACGUUUUGGGAAGUUCAGAAAUAAUUUGUGCAAGCUGUUUUACUUUUAAAGCACGCACGAGUUUGUUUCAGCUGAAUGCGGAGACAGGAAGCAAAACUAAGACGACAAAUUAGUCUUGGCCUGCAGAGCAGGCGUAAUUUUGGCGGGCAAAUGCUCAGUAUUUUCUUAACGAAAAUUAUAGCCGCCAUCUUUGAUUUUAAUGACAGCGAGAGGCUGGGGAGAGAAAGAAAUUUGUACCAAAGGAGUGGUUGUCGGUAAGAAAUAGGGAGAGUGGUAGGGGUGGGGAAGUAAAGGUUAUCGCCCUUUCCCCGCCCCCUACCUCACCGCCCACUCAAACUCAAAAUCAAACAUUGCCGGUCGGAUAAACAAUCGCGAGCUUAUAACGUUAGCUCGCAUGAUAAGACGCCUGCACUGCAGGCUAAAUUAGUCCCACAUAUUAUACCGAGCGCAAAUUGUUCGAUGACCUGUCAGUGAUGGAUACGCAAUAUGGCAUCGGUUGAAUCAUUUUGAUAGUCUCCGCGGCAUGCUAUAACACUGUUCAUAAAAUUUUAUGUUUUAUCGAAUUGUAAUAGUACGAUUUGGAAACAGGACUAUGAUCCAUGUGUAUGCUUGCCGGACUUUGUUUUACUUUUAAUGACACACUUACUAUAAAAAACAUAGUUAUCUCCGGUAGACAUGAACUCACUAAUUUCUCAUGCUGAUACGAAGCUCCAUGCAGCGCCCAAAGCGCUCAAAUGCAGCUUUGAUAUAUAAAGAAAGGUGAAAAUGGCUGCCACAGGACGUGGGUACCUCGCAUUUGGUCAGUUCGUCUAUCCAUUCAUCACAUGAACUGUUCUUCUUUACAGACAUAUUAUUCAUCAAUUAAUCCUGCAGAAAAAUACUUUUAAGUUCUUACUUGAUGAGAAAUAUAGAUAAAAACAACAACAACAACAACAAUAACGGAUCGUUUCUGGGCAGAAGACAGGGAAAGUUUGACAUGCACCAAUUAAAUGACCACACGGUUGAGAAACUUGAAAACCUUGAAUGAAAAGGCAUUCAUUGACUAUUAUGCUCUGGAAUUCCUCUUGCUAUUUUCCUAAUAAUACUUUAUAAAGAUCUGAUUUGUGAAAAUUUCAGGUUCGAACAUUUUGAAUGUGUAUGUUUCUCUUCAUGGAAAAGACACUAAAACUUGUGGCAACCAAAGUCUCCCCUGUCAGUCCAUUGCUCAAGCGGUUCAUCGCGUGGGCUAUGGCGGGAACAUCUAUCUGGAUGGACGUGGGACCAAGAAACGCCCUUAUGGUUGCAGAAACGGUCGCAAUAUUUUGCUGGAUCAGCCAGGUAUUUACGUAAACAAGAGCUUGACUGUGAGGGGAUUCUACUCCACCCCACACGUUUUGUGUACUGAAGGAUUUCAUUUUGAGAAGACAAAUGGCGAGUCGCUGACAUUUGCUUUGAUGCUGUCAGGAAUCGAUUUUCAACAAACUCGGCUAAAUUGUAAUGACUGCCAGCGUAUCACGAUCCACAACUGUUCUUUUCAUAAUGCUUCAAGAGCCUUGGCCAUCAAAAUACAGAACAUUACAUCUUUUCAGCUUGACUUAGAAGGCAAUUCAACGUUUCGAAAUAAUUCACAAUGCAUCAACGUCCUUUUACUCAAUAAUACUAAAGGAAAAAGUCAAGACGUUACACUUGAAAUAAAAGAUGCAAUGUUUGAAAGAAAUGGUCUUUACUGGCACGGUACUGGCAGAGACGUCAUAAUGUUCAGAUCCGUCGAAAAAAAAGGUCCUUCUCCAGUUUAUAUUCACAUAUUUUGCUGUAGAGUUAAAAGUUCUUACAAUGAAGGCCCCUUCCUACAUCUUGACGUUUCAAAUGCGAUUACAAACGAAACAUUCGUAGAUGUCGACCUACAUCACAAUGAGAAAGGUCGCAGAAAACGAAAUCGACGUUUAUAUUUCUCACAUGCUAGAGAAACAAACGCAAAGUUCAUCUCCUUGACAUGCCAUAACAACCCAAAAAAACAUUGCAUUGUAGUUCAGUCAGACAGGGCAAAUAUAGUUAUUCAAGACUCGAUUUUUUACAACCAAUCUGUCGAUUCCAAAACGUCAGGUUCUUGCUUGUCUCUAACAGCUAGUAUUAAUGCAUCUUUAAGAAUCGUGAACUCUAACUUCCAUAACAAUGAAGCUGGCGCCGGCGGAUCGAUUUUUGCCAAUAGCAAACAUGGACUUCUAAAAGUCGAUCUUACUAACGUAACAUUCAGUAAAUGUAAAGCUGCCAGGUAUGGAUGCGUGAUAUCAAUUGGAAGAACCGCUCAAGGCCCACCAAAAAGUCAUUGGGGUCCCCACAGGUUAUAUUUUACUCUCAGGAAUGUAACCGUUCAGCAGUGGGAAGGAAAUCAUGGAAACGAAACAGAAAAGUGUAUGGCUGUAGAGGUUGUGUUAGAUGGUGGAAUUGUGACAUUAGAGGGAUCCACGUUUACGAAGAAAAUGUCAAGAGGCAAUGGAGCUUUCAGUCUGGUUACCACUGGAGGCAAAACUAACAUCUCAAUUUCAAACUGCACUUUUAAGGACACUUCUAUGGACACAUCGAGAGGGAAGAUUGUCUACAUAGUCUCCGGAAAUGGAAAUGCAGGGAUGGUUACAAUUUCGAACAGUUUCAUAGAAAACGGAGGAAAAAGAAAAGUAGCUUUGUUCAUAAGUCCCAAGUACUACAUUAAACUAUUCAACAUUACAUUCAACUCUCUUAAAUAUGGAUUACAAACAGUGUCAUCUCCGCCCAAAAACGGCUCUUUUCCAAUUGAUAUUCUCAUUGAUAAAUGCUCCUUUAUCGAUAAUACACAUGAUGCCAUGUUUACACUUCUUGGUCCAACAUCAGUCCAACUAACCAUUAAGAACACGCUUUUUAGCACCAGAAGCGAAAUAGUAAAAUGGGACCAAAGUGACUACGGCUAUGCUAUUAGCUUCGUCAUCCCGCCACUUAAACAUGUCAAUUUUUCAAAGGCAGUAAUUCAACUUGACCAUAACGAAUUCCACCGCAGAUCGGCUAGCUAUUUUGUUCUUUUAUUCGAAGGCUUCAAAAACGUGACAGUUAAACACUCUUCCUUUCGUAAUUGUCGUGUCAGUGCUUAUAAACCGGAAUGGGAUAAUCGUAAAACCGGUUUAUUUUACGAACCAACAGCAGGUGCCAUCUCUAUCUUAUUCAAUCCAGACAAACCGUUCAGUCUGGGAUGUGUGAAAUCCAAAAGCGCUAAAGAGACACACCCUUCAUGGAACUAUAGCAGUCAUGUGCUCUUUGAAAAUACAAAGUUUGAAGAAAACUUAGGAAUUGAAGUUGGGGCUGUCCAUAUUAGCAAUGGCUUCACGAAAUUCCGAAGAUGUGUGUUUGUCAACAACUUUGGCAUUCGCAGAUGUGGACACGUUCAUUCUGCAUUUGGAACUGGCCGCGUAGAAUUCGAACAUUGUUCUUUUUUGAAGACAAUGGAAAGUGCGACAAUUUCAGACGGCUCUCAAUUUGAUAAAGGUGUCUUCCUUUACUCUGAAAGUGGAGGUCCCUUGAUAUUUAAAAACACAUCAAUGACCUCACUAAAAUUUAACAGGAGCUCUUAUCCGAUUGUUGACAUUUCCAGUGGGGGAUUUGUUCACAUGGAUGAAAAGUCCAGGAUGAAAUGUAACAAAGGAGAGGCUCUUCUGUUGGAAAAUGGUACGCAUUUUCAAUACACGGAGAAAAACAAACGCAUUUGUGUAUUAAAUGUUACCGUUUUGAAAUAUUCGUGCAAACCCUGCCAUCCGGGCUACUACAGCCUUCAAAAGGGGGUCUCCGAAGGCUUAUUGGUAGCCUCUAGGGCUGAGUGUCAUCCAUGUCCGUUUGGAGCCAUCUGUAUUGAGAGGAACAUUGUUGCGAAACCAAACUUCUGGGGUUAUGUAACACCUGACAAUCCAUCAAUGCUGCAAUUAAUUGCUUGUCCUGAAAAUUAUUGUCCAUUAACUUCGUCAAUAGACUACAGCAGCUGCCAAGGAAACAGAAACGGUACUCUCUGUGGACGGUGUGCUGAUGGGUUCACUGAGACUCUUUUAUCGACUGAAUGCCGCAAGUCUACCAAAUGCAACGACAGUUCUGUGUGGGUUGUGACCAUAUCGCUAACAAUCACAUUGGCUAUCUAUCUUUUGACCAAGCCCCCAAUCUUGUGCACCCUAGGAAAGCAAAUCUUAUGGUUCAAGAAAUCAGAUGAAUAUCAGCCGGGAGAAGGAUCGGACUUCAAUGAUGAUGGUGAACAUUCCGAGAGUGGCUUCUCGAAAAUUACGUUCUAUUUUUAUCAAGCAGCUGAGACUUUGAUAGUAGGUUCUGUAGAAGAACUUGUUGGAAAAAUUCCUUUUAUUCACUUUGUCAUCUCUGUGUAUAGCUUCCACGUUCAAUCCAUUAAUCAAGGACUUGGCUGUCCAUUUGCAGGACUCACUGCUGUUACAAAAGAGCUCUUUCUUUCUGGUACAGUGUUUUUGACAAUGGUUAAUCUUGUUCUAAUCUAUUUUGUGCAUCAUGUCAUCAAUAUGUUUAUGGGAAAAGGCAAGCCCUCCCUUAUCCGUUAUAUGGCCGUUAUCAUGGAAGUGUUAUUGCUUGGAUACGAAAGGCUUGCAGAAACAGCCCUUAAGCUAAUGCACUGCGUCUCAAUUGGAUCUGGAAAGUGGUUAUUCAUCGAUGCAAAUGUCCCAUGCAUGCAGUGGUGGCAAUAUCUUCUUCUUUCGUAUAUUGUCAUCUUCCUUGUUCCUUUCAUCGGCGUUCUUUACUGGGGAUCUUUCAAGCUGUACAGAUCUUCCAUUACAGCAGAAGAGUUUGUUGCCGCCAGCAUGAUUCCACUGCCAUUUCUGAUAUAUUGGCUUGUCAAGGGAAAGCUGAAAAGGAGAGACCAGGAGUCUUCUGGUCAGCAGGUCCUAAACACAGAUGUUUCGAUUAUACUCCAUGGUCCUUUUUGUCCGCCAACCGAUAUUGACAACGGAACCCUCUACUGGGAGAGCGUUUUGAUUGGUCGAAGACUAGUUCUCCUCGCUUGUGGGGCGUUCAUCACAGAUGUCAUGUUACGCAUGAUCUUCCUGUGUGCUGCAUGCUUGCUGAUAACCCUGCAUCAUGUUUUGAAGAAUCCUUAUCGACAUCCCAUGGCGAAUAAUGCUGAAACAUUAUCUCUUGUAACCUUAUCUCUCAUUGCUAUCAUCAAUCUGGCCAAAGCAACUACAUUAUCAUUUGGUAUCACGACUGACGGGCCGAGUGUGGCGUAUCUGAAAGCUCUUGAGUGGUUUGAGGUGUGUGCUUUGGCAUUUGUCCCAGCGUUAAUAUCCAUUUUGAUCGCAUUCGCCAUUUUGUCUCAGUUUGUGAGGUUUGCUCUUCUUUUGAUUGAG